AUGGUUGGUACUGUAAUAGAUCCAACCAAGAUGGCUACUACCUCGGACGUUGGCGUUCUGGUGAAUGCGUGCUUCCAAGUCCAAUGUGACAAAUGCGGCAAGAUGACCUGGAAGGGAUGCGGACGGCAUGUUGAUUCCGUAAUGAAGGAUGUGAAGGAAGAGGAUAAAUUCCCGUUUUUUUGUCGUCGACUUCAUGUAUCCAAUUCAAACAUGGCCGCCAGCGUAGCUGACAGUGGCCUCACUAGCGAUCCGUCAGGUCUCCCUUUCGAUCCUCCGGGAAACGUGCGCGUCACAGAAGAGCUCCGAUUCCGCUACAGCGACGACAGACGUCCCAUUGUCAACCAGUAUCUACGAAGUCACCGGGUCGGAAAAGGUCAACACGGUGAAGUAUGGGUGUGUUGGGACUUGAACAACGACCGCCGCGAAGUCGCAAUCAAAGCUGUCAAGCGUGUCAAUCCUCGCGCAGAAAAACUGAAUCUUCUUCGCAGGAGAAAUCUCCCUGCUUCAUCUCAUACACCUCUCACCGACAAACUCAGUAGUCUCGAGCAAAAGAUUCGCAAGGAAAUUGCCAUUAUGAAGAAAUGCCGCCACGGCCAUAUUGUCCGUCUCCUGGAGGUCAUCGACGACAAGCUUAACGAGCGGAUAUACAUGGUUAUGGAGUACCUCAGCGGCGGAGAAAUCAAAUGGCGGAACGAACGAAACCAACCCGUAUUGACAGUAGACCAAUGCAGACGCAUCUGUCGUGAUGUUAUUCUCGGUCUCGAGUACUUGCAUUAUCAAGGUAUCAUACAUCGUGACAUCAAGCCAGCCAACCUCCUCUGGACAGCAGACCGUCAGAUGGUCAAGAUUACAGAUUUCGGCGUGUCUCAUUUCUCCUACGCCCAACGCCUCGCAGCGGCGGGCCGUGGACAGGUGGCUCUGGAUGAUCCUAAUGACCCCAUCCUACUCGACGAUUCAGACUUAUCCAAACGUGCAGGUACACCCCCUUUUCUGGCACCCGAGGUCAUUGCCGAGUAUACGAGCACAGAGCCAUUUCCAUCCAUGUCUGCAUCCGCGACGAGCAGUACACUACUGUCAUCCCGAAGUGGUACUCCUGUCAAUUCGACGACUACGAUCCGCGCCUCUGCUGCUCCACGUCCGGCUGAUUCGAGCGAAUACGUGCUAUACAACAUAAUUUGUAACAAUGACUGGGAACCUGACGAAACGAUGGGUUGCGACGCUAUCCCUACGGGAGGUCGACGUUCCGAUCCGAAAUCUCGGGGAUACGCGGUGAUGCAUCUUCUCGACCGGUUCUUGCAGAAGGACGUUAGUAAACGCAUUACGCUGGGCGAAGCCAAGCGCUAUCCCUGGUUCCUUUCGGAUAUUCCAGAGCCUGAGGAGUGGCUCCGCCAAACCUCACAUAGCAAGACUGAUAUCGUCAUGGUCACUGAUAAGGAGACAGAGAAGGCCAUGACGACGGUGCGAUUCAGUUGGGGGUGGCACAAACGUCUCACGCAUGGGAUAUCCUCGCUUCUCCGUAAUGUUCGUCCCAAACGCCUUCCGCCUUCUCGACCUCGUCGUCGUGACGACGAUGACGAGAACCAAUUUGGUGUAAACUCAUCCCCUGCCAUUACUUUUAUGCAGCCAAAACCUGCAAGUAUGCGUACCGUUACACAGGAGGGUCGCGUGAAAAGUAAACGCCGUGUUGCCAUUCAUUCUACCGCUCUCCGAAAUGAUUCCACACCGAACAUUGCACACGGGCACCAGGGACCGAUGGAGAAGAAGAUAAUGUCAUCAUUAAAAAUCAGACCUCCACCGCGUCCUUCAGACCCAAGCUCCUCGCGGCUGACCUCACGAUGUGGUUCAGAUGCAUUCGUGCCUCCGAGGGAGGUGCAUGACGCACCAUGUGCCCGGCCCUCUUCGAGUCGGAACAGCGAAGGAACGAAUGUUGUUAUGCCUUCGCCUGUAGAGGAACGUACACGACACCGGUUCUCUUUGUCCUCAAUGAAGUAUUGGCGAUCGCCAUCACAUCGUACGACUUCCCAGGCAUCCUCACCGCUCGACACAUCUUCAGUUGGAUCGUCCCAGGACAAGGCGCCACAGCAGAGCCCGUCUAGUGAUGUGAAUAUCAUGCUGCGAAGGAGCGAAGAGGUACUACGACACCACGGACACGAGUGUAUGCCGAGCGGCACGCGUAGUCCAUGUGAAGGAGGAUUGACUGCUGCGCGACGAGCGUCGAGCUGGGGCGAGCCCAUGAAUUACGUUGAGGAAGUGACGAGUCUGACGUCAGGAGAACACGACGGGUUAGACGAGGACGCGCUAUUUCUUGGCGCUGGAGGGAAGGGACGUUGCGGCAUCCUCAGCCUGAACGGCUGCAUAUCGGACCUGGGAUGGGCGUACGCCACGUCUCACAUGAGAGUUUGUCGCACUACGAUGCCGGAGUUAGGGUCACUGCUACACCUGGGCCUGGCGAGCGCAGGGGACGAGUACGAUGAUGAUUUGGAUUCGGACUCGGAUUCGAGCUUUUUCAGGGAUAAACAUCAAAAGCGGGAGGAACAGGCGGCUUUACUUCGAUCCCAGGUUAAUCGAUCAUAUUCGGAUGAUGAUGUGGAAGAGAGUGAUGAAGAGUAUGCCCCGAUUGAGGUGAGGCGUCGGAGACCAUCGAUCUCAGUGACUGCUACAUCACCGCCGCCACCUCUCUCGGACCUUUCUGACGAGCAGGAUGCGCAGUCAAGGUAG